AUGUUCCAAAUGGUGGUAUCACCUACUGGGUCUUAUGUGAAGAAUUCAUAUAAACCGAUUGAUAAAAACUCUUGGUAUAAUUAUUCAUUUGCAGCUAUUAAACUAGACUUGGCGUUACAGACCAGUUGUAAUCAAGCUCUCAAGAGUGUAACUUGA